UUAUAACACACGUCGUCUCUGUGUAUAAUAUAGAUAUAGAUAUAGAACAUAUGUUAGGGUUUGGCGCGCAUGUAAUAGAAUCAACUAUGGAAUUGGAGGAUCCAGAUUUCUUAAGAUUCAAUUCCAAUGUUUCAAUCAAUCAUCCGGACACAAAAACUCUUAGUCUUACUGGAACCAGAGACUGCAGUAUCUCAACUCCACCAGCAAGGUUGAAUGACGAAUCCGGUAUGGAAGAAAGGAUAGAUGAGCAUAAUGACUCAUGUAACAGUAGUCGUAAAGCAUUAGGAAAAUACUUCUUUUAUGAACCACCACUCUCUGAAGAAACGGGAGUUUGGAUACCAGUUUCUGUUCCUCCUAUGUCAGAAACUGAACAUGAAGAAUGGAGCCGAGGUUUCUCCUCCUCGGCUGGUGGGAUCUUUCCUGAUGAAGAUAUGGGAUGGUCUCAGUUUCUUGAGAAAGACAAGGAACUAACCAUGUGGGAUGUGGUACUUGAAAUGCUGCUUGCAGCUCGUGGAAAGGUUAAUGUUUUGGCAUCUGGGGAUGGUGUUUCAUGCAUAUCUAGACAUCUAGUUGAUGAAGCUUGGAAAGAGAUGGCUCAGACGCUUACAGAGGCCAAUUUUGGAAAUGUCCAGCAAAUCCUUGAAACUGAACCUCCUAAAUGGCUGCCCGAUAGUUCUGCUGCUGCUUGUAUGCUGUGUAAUGUAAGGUUUCAUCCAAUCAUGUGUACCAGGCAUCACUGCCGGUUUUGUGGAGGAAUUUUCUGCAGUGAGUGUACCAAAGGAAGAAGCUUGCUGCCUAUAAAGUUUCGUGCUGCAGACACAGAACGAGUCUGUGAUGUGUGUUUUGUUCGUCUUGAGGCUGUCCAGCCAUUUUUAAUGGAUCAAGUAAGCCGUGCUUCACAAUUACCAACUCAUGAUCUCACUGAUCUAAGCACUUUAAGAUCAUGGCUGAAUUUUCCUUGGGGGCAGUCAAUGGAGUAUGAGAUCUACAAAGCCACUAACUCAAUCCAAGGAUAUAGCAAGCAGGUUUGUUCUUCGAGACCUGAGAAGUCUAUUCCUGAUAUGAUCUUACGAAAUGCUAAGGGCCUUGCAAUACUUACUAUAGUGAAGGUUGGUAUGAUGGUAACUUACAAUAUUGGAACUGGAUUGGUGAUUGCGCGCAGGGAAGAUGGCUCAUGGUCUCCACCCUCUGCUAUAUCUUCUAUGGGUGUUGGAUGGGGUGCCCAGGCCGGUGGUGAAUUUGCAGAUCUAAUCAUUGUUCUGAGAUCCGAAGAGGCCGUAAAGACGUUCAGCAGUGACGUUCAUGUCUCAUUUGGAGCUGGUCUAAGUGCUGCUAUUGGUAUUGUUGGACGAACAGCUGAAGCUGAUGUAAGAGCUGGAACUGGUGGCUAUGCCACUUGCUAUACAUAUAGCUGCACAAAAGGAGCUUUUGUUGGGUGUUCGCUGGAAGGGAGCAUGGUGACUACACGUACACAUGAAAAUUCCCGAUUUUAUGGAAAACAAUUCUUAAGUGCACAGGAAAUUCUCUUUGGUUCAUUGGCUAGGCCUCCUGCAGCUGCCAUACUAUACCGUGCUCUAGCAGAUAUAUACCAGAAAUUAGGUAAAGCAUAAUUGUGUCUAUAGCUUUAUGCCUUUAUUGUUUGUGAAUAAAACUCCACCAUACAUAUAUCGAUUCAUGCCUUCAUGGUAAGGUAGCCCGCCUUUAUUAUGUAUAGUCUUUAGUUAAUAUUAAGUAAAAAGUGUUUAGAGUGAAGACAUAGUAAAGGUUAUUUUAACGUUGUAAAGCCGGGCAUCCUGUAUGAGAUGUCAAAAAGGUUGUGUAAAUACAUAUUUGUCUGUACAGGAACUUUGACUUCAUAACAUGAUUAAUAAACAUUUGUGGCAUGUAUUCGUCUCCA